AGAAAUUGACGUUGCUUUGCGAAUUUCUUGAGCAAAGUGAGCGAACUCGGAGGUGCUUCGUGGGAAAUGUAGGUCGAAAAUCUUGUUGUUUAGCUUAGUUUUAAGCUGGCAGUUUGUGAAGGUUGUGGGUAGAUGUCGUUGAUAAAUUUGUGGUAUUUGGUUCCCUGGCCAUGGAAAAGAAAAACCUAAGUUUACACUAAAUCCAGAAUGCCUGUAGAGGACAAACGGGAUAAGGGUCAGACAUCUGCAGUGUACAGGGACAGUGAAGAAAAUGACUUAUCUAGAUUGUUAGACCUGCUGAACACUCCAGCCAGCAAACAACAGCUUCCAUCCAUCUCAUGGAUACCAGAUGAAAACCAGAACACGACAUCCAAUCCAUGGGCUGCUCAAACAAAUGGUGUAUUGCCGCAUCAACACCAGUCAACAGAAGCUCUGGCUUUGGAGAAGUUCAGCUCCAGGUAUCAAGGAGUCAGGAAUUUCAGCUCACAUACCUACCACACUUAUUUUAACCAGAUUUUCACAGCCCUUGUAAAGCAAAGAGUCUGUUACCUGUGA